AUAUUCACAUAACAGCCAAAGUGGUGAGAGACCGUGGGAGGCAAAGUAGCCAUUGCUAUAUCACCUCUAAAACACCUAUAUGGCCUACUAGCCCCAUCAAGAACAACAUGGAUACCAUUUUCUUUCAUAACCCCAUGAAAUGAUUCUACUUCUAAGCUCUUCUUCUUGAUGCUUGUAUAUAAAUACAUAUAUAUGUACUUCUCUCUAGAAACAAGCUUCAGUGUCAGAGCUCACUUAUAGCACCACCAUCUAAGUCAGGCUAGAUCUUCAUAAUGGGGAAAAAAAAUCCUGUCAAUAAAACAUUAUUGAUGCACACAAGAAAAUAAAUCAAGAAAAGGGGGAAAACUUCUGGUCUGACCUUGUGUGUCUUCUCUGUGAUUGAUCAAAAUCUUCCCUUCUACUUCCACAACUGUCAAUUGAUCUAAGAAAAUGUGUCUCUCAAAUCUUCCAGCCUCAUCUGAAGGAGUAAUCUGUGUGGUUGUGAUGAACACUGCCUUAUCAAUCUCCAUUUUCAAAGGGAUAGUCCGGUCGGUCCUUCACAUUGUUGACAACCGCUUAGCACCCUUCUCCUCAUCAUCAUCUUCAAUCCUCUUUCCAGAUUACAGUGACACCGAAUCAUUGGAAUUUCCUUUACAUUCAUCAGACGAUUGCGUUAGGGAGCUCCGAAGCAGGAGGCCUGCAAAACGAUUUGAUGCAGUGUCUAGCUGUAAACAGCCUCAAAAUGACUGCCCAGUUUGCUUGACUCAAUUCAAGCCAGACUCGGAGAUAAAUUGCUUAUCCUGUGGCCAUGUUUUUCAUAAGGCGUGCUUGGAGAAGUGGUUGGAUUAUCGGAAAGUUACUUGUCCGCUUUGCAGGUCUCCUGUGAUGCCUGAAGAAGAGGAUACAUCUUGCUCUUGGUAAGCAUAUACAAGAAGUUUGCUCGUCUCAAGAAAUGUUCACGUGCAGCGUGUUGUGUCCACUUGGUGUUUUGCAAGAGAUUAAGUUCAUUAUGGGUCCUUAAGAGACCACAAAAUUUUAUUAUAUAUUGUGCAAGGUUUAUAAUGUUCUUGCAUCUAUCCAACUAUGGUUUCCAACCCUAUCCUUUUUAAUCAUCAUUUGCAGAUUCCGUCUC